AUGCAGAGUCAACAAGCCGAGGUAACAAUACACCUCCUAUACAGCGAGCUGAGCCAGUCUACGGUCAACAGCGAAGAAAAACGAUCUGAGUUUGAGGAAACUGAAAGGCACUUUCAACAGACCACACAACUGAACAACAACCAAUUUCAGGUCAGCUUACCGUGGAAAGUCCCGCUCAGUCAAGUUAAUAAUUUGCUCGGUGAUUCAAUUUACCAAGCUUUAAAAAGGUUAGGCGCCUUUGUUUUCAGUACAGACUUGAGACAAAUGUUUAGGUGCAUUCUGCUGGAUCCAGAGCAACGUUCGCUGCAACUUAUACUAUUGCGCGACUCACCACAUGAAAACAUCAAGUGUAUUGAACUAAAUACAGUUACAUAUGGUUUUAAAUGCUCAACCUAUCUAGCCACUAGGUUUCUGACUGAACUAGCACACAGGUACGAGGCUGACUUCCCAGCGGCGUCUUUCAUUCUGCAAAAUCAGACAUACUGCGACGACAUUCUCACUUCCAGUAACCCUUUGGAGUCUUUAUCUGAAAUGAAAGAUCAAUUAAUACAAUUACUAGCUCUGGGAGGGUUUCAGGCACAUAAAUGGUCUUCAAAUGCUCCUCAAAUCCUGCAAAACAUACCUAGAGAUAAACAACAUUUUGAUGAUGUCGAUAUACAAAAACAAAAUUACUAUAUAAAAACAUUAGGGGUCACAUAUAAUACUAAUACUGACACAUUCAAAAUAUCAACUCCUAACCAACAGGGGCCCAUGCCUCUCACAAAACGCGAAAUCGUUAGUUUUGUCGCCAGAUUUUACGACCCACUGGGUCUAGCUGGACCUAUCACAGUUUCUGCAAAGAUACUUAUUCAGAAACUAUGGGCAGCUCAAAUCAACUGGGACUCACAAUUGCCUAAUGAUCUUAAAACAGCUUGGUUAGAGUUCUAUAAUAAUUUACAUAGCAUGCAGCCUAUACACAUCACUAGGAAUGUCACUAUGCAGCAGGCAGCCAGCUCACACCUGAUCGGCUAUGCAGAUGCCAGCUGUGCAGCAUAUGGUUACUGUCUUUAUCUGCGCGAAGUCGACAAGGUAGGUAAGGUCAAGGUCACUUUACUCUGUUCGAAAUCAAGACUAGCUCCAUUAAGCCAGAAACUAACAACACCUAGACUUGAGCUAAAUGCCGUGCUUUUACUAGCUAAACUAGUACACAGAGUAUAUUCAUUGUUAUCUCUAAAAAUACAUAUUGAUGAUGUAUCUCUUUUCUCUGACUCUCAAAUAGUCCUGGCGUGGUUUAAGCUAGAUAUUACAAAACUAAAUGCCUAUGUAGCAAACAGAGUAAAGACGAUCUUGGAAUUUACUAAAAAUUUCCUCUGGACAUACGUGAGGACGGGAGACAACCCUGCAGACUGUCUAAGCCGCGGCGCGCAGCCCAACGAGCUCGAGCACAACACGCUGUGGUGGCAGGGACCCGGUUACUUACAUAACAGUAACUACUCUCCGACAAAAGUAAAUAUUAAAAUAUCAGAUAAAAUACCUGAGCUGAAGUCUGGUGAUGCUGCUGAUCCUCUGCCCCUCUCGAGUGCUAUGGCUUAA